AUGUGUGUAUAUUUACGUGCAUAAAUAUUUAUAUAUACAUAUUUAUAGAUACAUAUUUUAAAAUUAUAUAUUCAUAAACGAGCGGCUUUUGGUGUUUUGUGUACAGGUACAUUUCUUAAUGCGAUUUUGUUAUAAAUUUGAUACUUUUGAUGGAUAGUCGUUGCUUAGAACGAGAGUAAAUAAUUUUUUUUUCUUUCAAUUGAAAUCAACGGGAAUUGAACAUAUAAAGUGGUCGCCAAACAAUUAUUGGUAUCGAUUUUUGUGUCACUGCCACCUGCCUGGUCGACCGAGACCUUGCCGCAGUCAUCUAAUAGAAACUUGGUUCGAGAUGUUAUAUACAGUAAUUGGUGUACGUCAAUCGCGGUAGCAUCAUGACAAGCUCAACGACGUCGACCAUGGAAGGGCACGAUCUAUAUUUUCUGAACCAGAAGACUAAAACAACCCCCAUUGAAAAUGAUUAUAAGAUAUCCAACAAUGUACUUGGACUGGGUAUCAAUGGCAAGGUGGUACAGUGUUUUUCCAUUGUGACCGGUGAAAAAUUUGCACUUAAGGUUCUUGUAGAUUGUCAUAAAGCCAGAAGAGAAAUUGAUCUACACUGGAGAGCUAGCGGUUGUAUAAAUAUAGUUAAUAUAAUCGAUGUGUACGAAAACGUGUACAUGGAAAAAAAAUGUUUGCUGGUAAUCAUGGAAUGUAUGGAAGGUGGUGAAUUAUUUCAACGUAUACAAGAACAUAAUGAGGGAGCGUUUACGGAAAGAGAAGCAGCACAUAUAAUGACAGCUAUUUGUUCAGCUGUCAAGUAUCUCCAUGAUCUUAAUAUUGCUCAUCGAGACUUGAAACCGGAAAAUCUUUUGUAUUCUAAACCUGGGCCCAAUGGUAUUUUAAAAUUAACUGAUUUUGGGUUUGCCAAGGAAGUAUCACAAAAAGCUCCAUUGAAAACACCAUGCUAUACACCAUAUUAUGUUGCUCCAGAAGUUUUGGGUCCUGAAAAAUAUGAUAAAAGUUGUGAUAUAUGGUCAUUAGGUGUUAUUAUGUAUAUUUUAUUAUGUGGAUUUCCUCCCUUUUUUAGUAAUCAUGGCCAAGCUAUUUCACCAGGUAUGAAAAAUCGAAUUAAAACUGGACAAUUUGAUUUUCCUAAUCCUGAGUGGAGUAAUGUAUCUAGUGAUGCUAAAACAUUAAUAUCCAGUAUGUUAUCUGUUGAUCCAUCUACUCGUCUAUCUAUUAAAGAAGUAGUUAAACACAAAUGGAUUGCAAGUUAUACUGAAGUUCCGCAAACACCAUUAUAUACUGGUAAAAUGUUAAAAGAAUCUGAAGAUGUAUGGCCUGAAGUACAAGAGGAAAUGACAAGAUCAUUAGCUACCAUGCGAGUAGACUAUGAUCAAAUUAAUAUAAAAGCUUUAAAUACUUCUAACAAUCCAUUAUUAAAUAAACGAAGAAAAAAAGGUUCGAAUAGUACAUCCAGUUUUUAACAUUCUUUUAUCCGUUGCAAUUUAAAAAGUUAGGUAAAUUAUUUUGGUCUAGAACUUCUGGCGCUGCCAAAUUGGCAGUGGAUCGGUUUGGUACUGACCUUUUUGACGCUGCUGUAUUGGCGUUGUAUUGGUUGGUGCUGACUUUUUUGGUGCCACAAUUUUAAAAAUUUGUGCAUUUGUUAAAUAUAUAUAGGACAUACCAAUGUACUAAACAGUGUAACAAGUUGAAUUGUAAAAAGGCAUUAAAAGUAAAAUAUCCUAAUAACAAUAA